AUGACUGUGAAACAUGUAGAAUGUUUUAUUCUUUUAGAAACAAUUAUCUUUGAUUUUGUCAUGAGUACAGACAAUCAACAACCUUUAGCAUCGUUAGUUAAUGACGAUCGAUCAGAAAAAAAUGAAGAUGAACCUUCAAAAGAAAAACAAUCUUUCUCUUCUCAUUCAAUAGAAAUAAAGUCUAAUGAUGAAAGUUCUAAUACACCAAAAGAUAGCAAUCAAAAUUUACAAUAUGAUAUAAAUGCGCUAACACCAGCUCAACGUCGUGAACGAUUAGGAACUUUAAUGGUCAUUGGUCUUAUUGCUCUUCUAAUUGGUAUUGAUUAUGCUAUUAUAUUACCUACAGCUUGGGGUUAUCUUAAUUCUUUUGGAGAGCUACAACAUGGUGGUAUUGUCAUCGGUGGACUUUUAGCUGGAUUUGCAUUAUCAGGUUCUAUUGCUGGUUUAAUAUUUGGAUAUCUAAGUGAUAUUGGCUAUUCAUUAAAACAACUUUCUAUAAUUGGUAUUGGAUUUAAAAUAAUUGGAAAUUUGCUUUAUUUUGUUGGCAUUAACUUUUAUGUCGUUAUUAUAGCUCGAUUGAUUACUGGAAUUGGAAUGGGUUUAGUGCCACCAACAUUAGCAGAAAUAUCAAGAAGAUCAACGCCAGACAAACGAACACAACUUCUUGCAAAAAUACUUGCUUGUCGUCAAAUAGGCCUUUUUGUUGGUCCAUGUUUUACAAUUAUUUGUAGAAAAAUGAAUUUUAAAUUACUUGGUCUUCAUGUAACAUUAUAUAAUUCUCCAGGUUUACUCAUGGCAAUAUUAUGGACAAUAACAUUGAUUUUAACAAUUUUUUUCUUUUUUGAUGCACCAAAAUCAAUAACAGAAUAUAAAUCACCAUCAGAAAGAUGGACUUGUAUGUCAUUGGCUCAUACAUGUACACGUAUUUCUACCACAUGUAGAAAACCUACAGUUAUAGUUCUUCUAAUAACUGCUUUUAUUGCAUAUUUUAAUCAAACAGCACUUGAAACAACUUUAACACCAUUUACAAAUAUUCAAUUCGGUUGGAAAGAAGUACAAAUAUCAAUUGUAUUUGCUAUAGCUGGUAUUGAAAUAACUCUUGUUUAUAUUAUUUUACAUUUUGUAACAAAAAAAAUUCGUGAUGAAGCAAUUCUAUUAUUUGGUUAUAUUAUUCUUAGUAUAGCUUGUUGUAUUGGUGUUAUUGUUUUACCAUUUUCGGAAGUUGGUUCAAGAAAAUAUUUACCAGUAUUUUUAUUAUUUAUUGGUUUAGAUAUAUUUGGAUUACCACUUAUUGCUGUAACAACAACAAGUUUAUUUACUCAACAAACGCAUAAUGAUCAACAAGGUAUUGGUCAAGGUAUACAACGUUUUGUUAUUAAUGUAGCAACUGUUAUUGGUCCAUUAUUUGCUGGAAGUUUAUUAACUGCAACAUGGUUAAUGAUAUCUUUUAUGUUUAUUAUUGUUUUAUUUGCAACACUUUUAGUUAUACUUGUUUAUCCAUCAUUUUCAUUAUCAAACAAUGAUGAAUUAUCAACAUUAUUACCACAAGAGAAUAAUAAACAAUGUAAAGAAAAAAGUUCAAUUUAA